UUUAUUUAAGAAUAUAUCCUCAAGUAAGAAAUUUCAUUCAUUGGAAGAACCGCCUACACAAGUGCAGGUGCUGAAAUCAAAUACUGAUAUAUAUAUAUGUGUAUAAGGAUAUAUGCAAGAUCAAGAAUUAACAUUUUCUGAUCUGCAAUAUUUUGCACAUCGUAAUGGCUGGGCUUAAUUCCUGCAUAGGUUACUCCGUGAUCUUUGUAAUACUUGCGUCUUCAAUUGGUUUGAAGCUGGAGGUGUCUGCUGCUAAGACCAGUAGUAUUGCUGCCUUGUUCAUCUUCGGUGACUCCUCUGUGGACGCUGGCAACAAUAAUUAUAUUAACACUAUUCCUGAGAACCGUGCAGAUAUGAAGCCUUAUGGCCAGAAUGGCAUCUUUCAAGCACCCACGGGACGCUUCUCUGAUGGCCGUAUCAUAGUAGAUUAUAUUGCUCAAUUUGCCAAGUUGCCACUAAUCCCUCCGUUCUUACAACCCUCUGCUGAUUACAUAUACGGUGCCAACUUUGCCUCUGGUGGUGGCGGCGUUCUUCCCGAGACGAAUCAAGGAAUGGUAAUAGAUCUUCCAACCCAGCUAAAAUAUUUCGAAGAAGUGGAGAAAUCUUUAACGGAAAAACUGGGAGAGACACGAGCCAAAGAAAUCAUAGAAGAAGCAGUUUAUUUCAUAAGCAUAGGAAGCAAUGAUUAUAUGGGUGGUUAUUUGGGUAAUCCCAAAAUGCAAGAAAACUAUAUUCCUGAGGUGUACGUUGGGAUGGUCAUUGGAAAUUUGACAAACGCAAUCCAGGCCUUAUAUCAGAAGGGAGCAAGGAAAUUUGCAUUUUUAAGCUUGUGUCCUUUAGGUUGUCUUCCAACUCUGAGAGCAUUGAACCCCAAAGCCAGUGAAGGUGGAUGCUUUGAGGCAGCUUCUUCUCUAGCAUUGGCUCAUAAUAAUGGUUUAAAAGCUGUACUCAUAAGCCUUGAACAUCUAUUGAAAGGGUUCAAAUAUUGCAACUCUAAUUUCUAUAACUGGCUCAAUGACAGGAUAAAUAAUCCCACCAAAUAUGGUUUCAAGGACGGAGUGAAUGCUUGUUGUGGAACCGGACCUUAUGGGGGUAUCUUUACAUGCGGAGGCAACAAGAAAGUUGCCAAAUUCGAGUUAUGCGAAAAUGCCAAUGAGUAUGUUUGGUGGGAUUCUUUCCAUCCAACAGAGAGAAUCCAUGCAGAAUUCGCAAAAACUCUAUGGAAUGGACCUCCAUUCUACGUUGGAGCUUACAAUUUAGAAGACCUCUUCUUCAACAGGAAACUCACCAUUGCUGACACAGUCGAUGCCCCUGAUGCUGAAAGUUCAUUUUCAAUAGUAGGUUAAGAAGAAGGGUACUGUCAUUUCCAUCAGUGCGGGGCUUUAACUUCAGUGCAGAUGUGGCUUGGAGUCUCUCUGCAUGCAUAAGUUUGGAUAUCAGAACUUGCCUAUAAUUCUGGUAUACAUAUUUCCAUACUCUUAUAUGCCAUUUAUCUCUAAUAAUAUAUAUAUUUAUAUUA